AGCCCCAGGAUCUGUGGGCAGGGAAGAGACAUGAUCAAGUUUGUUUUCUCUGCAGCCCAAGACUGAACUGACUAUUGCUCCUGCUGACUGGAACAUGGAAGAUUUGGAGGGAGAUGUCAAGUUUAUUGUGGAUGAGACCUUGGACUUUGGAGGGCUGUCCCCAUCUGACAGUCGUGAGGAGGAAGACAUUGCCGUGUUGGCAACUCCAGAAAAGCCCCUCCGACGAGGCCUCUCCCACCGAAGUGACCCGAAUGCCGUGGCCCCCACCCCUCAAGGUCUGAGGCUCAGCUUAGGCCCCCUCAGCCCUGAGAAAUUGGAGGAGAUCCUGGAUGAGGCCAAUCGCCUGGCGGCUCAGCUGGAACGGUGCGCCCUUCAGGAGCGGGAGAGUGCGGGCGAGGGCCUGGGGCCACGCAGGGUGAAGCCCAGCCCUCGAAGGGAGACCUUUGUGCUGAAGGACAGUCCUGUUCGAGAUCUGCUACCCACUGUGAGUUCUUUGGCUCGGAGCACCCCUCCCCCAAGCAGCCUGACACCCCGAGUCCGGAGCAGCGAUAGAAAGGGAUCCCUUAGAGCUCUUCGAACAACGUCUGGAAAGAAGCCAUCCAGUGUGAAGAGGGAGUCGCCCACUUGCAAUCUGUUCCCCACAUCCAAGAGCCCAGUAUCUUCUCCUCUUGCCCGAUCAACCCCAAGCCGAUCAACUCCUCCAAGCCGAUCAACUCCUCCAAGCCGAUCAACCCCUCCAGCGCGAUCAACCCCUCCAGCGCGAUCAACCCCUCCAACCCGGUCAACCCCUCCAACCCGGUCAAUCCCUCCAACCCGGUCAACCCCUCCAACCCGGGGAAAAGCUGGACCUAGUACGAGAGCAACAGCAAACCCCUCUGUCCCUAUCAGACCAGUCUUGGCCCCACAGCCUUCUACCAGCACCUCUCAGCGCCUGUCCCGACCUCAGGGGGCAGCAGCUAAACCCUCCAGUCGGCUCCCCCUUCCCUCGGCCAUCCCCAGGCCGGCCAGCCGAAUGCCACUCACCAGCAGAAGCGUAGCGCCCAGCAAAGUGGCUCUGCCUCCAGAUUCUCUGCCAGCUUGGAAAGGACUCCCAAGACCAAGUGCUGCCGGGCACAGAGUUCCUGUUUCCCAGCGGCCGAAUCUUGCUGUCGCUGGUGCCACUCGCAGCAAUCUGCAGCCCCCCAGGAAAAUUGCAGUUCCGGGGCCUACCAGGUAAAGAGACCGGGACGCAAGCAAGAUUUCAGUAGCAAACCACUAUAGUCACUGCCUGGACUCAACUCCACAUGGCCUCCAGUACUUCUUGUUGGACACAGGCCCUGACUCCAGCACAUUCUGGCUCAGGAACAGGAAGAAAAGAUGCCACCAGGGCUGGAGUGUAGAUCAUGGAGGUGGGGGUGGCACGGCUGAAGGAGAAUCAAACUCUCUGGGUUGAAAGAUUAGGGAAGAAGGGUUACCUCCCAGCAGUGAAAUUAGCAAACAAAAAGAAAUGCAGGCGUGGUCUGUCCUUAUCCACCACUCCUGUGUUUAGCCCCAGAGUGUUUGAUCUACUUCCCAGGUAUUGGUUUACUGGACACUUAUGUGAAUGGCCUCUGUAACUGACCUCCCUGCUCCCACAUCCUCACCAGGACUUGGGCCUGUUGGCAGAGACAGAGGCAGGCGCCUCGCCUCCAGUUUCCUGUGAAUUCCAUGAUUCCUAACAGACCGGUUUGAUAAGCUUAAUCCAUUGGUCUGCCUUUUUCUAAAAUAAGAUGAAUGUAUUUUUAUAUUCUCUCUAUGUAUGU